AUGAUUUCUUGUUAACAAUCUUAUUCGCAUGAAGGUAGAAGUCAAAAUAUUUAAAUAGCUUUGAUAUUACACUAAUAAGGCAAAUACAAUGAAUCUAUUAAGGAGUAUACUAAAGUAAUCGAGGUCAAUUUUUAGUAUCCUCAAAUCAAGGUAAAAUCUUAAUAUCUAAUCAUUAGGAAAUGCUUAUAAGGAAUUGA